GUUAUAAUAGGAAUAUAUUACAUUUUUAUUAUUUAAAUCAUAAACAUUUGUCUCAUAUAUCAAUAACCUGUAUGUGUGUACGUGUAGUUGUAUUUGAAGAAAUCAAAUAGGAACGCUUGAGUCACAACAGAAGUGGCCAACCAAACCAUAAGCCUCGCAUUUAAUAUUUAAAAAAAAAAAACUAGUAAUAUAUAUCAAUUGGCAAAAUGGAGCAAUCACAAAUUAGCGACGCCGAGAAAGUACGUAUUGUUUCGGACUUUAUUAUGCAUGCACCACCUGGAGAAUUCAAUGAAGUAUUCACCGAUGUUCGUCAAUUGCUCAAUAAUGAUGCACUACUGAAAGAGGGUGCUAGUCACGCUUUCGCAUUGUACAAUAAAGAGCAAUUAACGCCAGUGCACAUUGAGGGCAGUGAAAACAAUGCUAUCAUAUCCGAGCAUAAUGAUUUGGGCAAUGGUCGCUUUUACGAUCCACGUACCAAACAAUCCUUUAAGUUCGAUCAUCUUCGAAAGGAAGCUACUGACUACCAGGAUAUGGAACCGGAUACAACGGCUGAACCUUGGCGUGCCGCACUCGAUAUAGAAGCUAUUAACUACACCAACAGUCAUUACCGCAAUGGUGUGUCAUCGGUAUUCGGUAAGACACAAGGGGGACAAGUAACUCUUACACUUUGUAUUGAAGAUCAUCAAUUUCAACCCAAAAACUAUUGGAAUGGUCGAUGGCGAUCACAGUGGAGUAUCACAUUGCAACCCGGAAACGGCAGUGCUGAACUAAAAGGGGUGCUUAAGUUACAGGUGCAUUAUUACGAAGAUGGAAAUGUGCAAUUGGUUUCAACCAAGGAAUUCCGUGAAUCUGUGGUUGUAUCCAACGAACAACAAGUAGCAAAAGAAGUCAUACGUUUAAUUGAAGAAGCUGAAAAUGAAUAUCAAUUGGCAAUUUCUGAAAAUUAUCAAACAAUGUCGGACACGACUUUUAAAGCAAUGCGUAGGCUUUUGCCAAUUACAAGAACUAAAAUCGAUUGGGGCAAAAUAGUAACGUAUAGUAUUGGUAAAGAAUUGAAAACGCAAUAAGAUCCGGUAGAUUAUAAGGCGUCUUUGAAGUCGGAGAAAACUUUGGUAGAAGCUGUAACAAAACAUUUGAAAUAUAAAAUUUCGGAAAGACCUACCAGUCUUCCGCUAGCUGUCAAACAUAAUUAAAUCCAAAAUAUGAAAAUGUGUCGAAGUCCGAAAUUGCAGUUAUGCAAAAUACUAAUUUUCUUUUGACCAUCUUUACAUCGAAUAUGCACUUGUGGUAAAUGAAACUUCAUUUAAACUUAUUACGGUUCAUUGAAAAUCCAUAUUUUUAUAAUUGCAAUUUGGAAUCCACACACAUCAUUCAUUUAAAACAUACAAGUCAUAUGCCUUUUAUAAGCCGCAGGAGCUUAUAUACGCAUAUACUUAUUAUAAUGGUGGUUAUCGCUGUGAAUUUAGCAGUAGAGUGCUACAUUUCGCAGCAAUGUCAUCACCAUUGUCGCCUUUAUCGUUGAAUGCAGAAAUCGUGGAAGUAAUAUAUAAUAAGAUACUAAAAUAGAUGAAGAGAGUUUUAAUAAAGUUAAUUUAAAACACAAGAAA